GCAGAGUAAGGAAUGGCUGCGCCCGCUCUAGUUUUGGUUUUGUAAUGUAGGGAGACAAAUUUUAUCAAAUAUUUGGUUAGUGUGGUACUUCUUAAGCCAAGUUUCAGGUACAUUCGUUGACAUGGGGCGUAAAGCAGUAAGGAGCAAAAUUGCACCCGCACUUAGGCGAGAGGUACUGCAGUUAGCUGAGCAGUUAUUGCAAAAGUGUACAGUGCCACCAAACUCUGUGAAAGAAGAGUGGGAACAGUUUGUUUCCAUCUAUGAGCUUGUUCAACAAAUAAGACUCAAGGAACAAGCCUAUGGAUUUGUACCUCCAGACAGGGAUGCACGGGGGUUUGCUACGUUUAUGAAAUGGGCUAAAAGUAAAGGAAUUAAAGCAGAUAAGGUUGAUACUGCCAAGUUUGGGAUUGGAGGUUUUGGACUACGAGCUAGUGCUGAAAUACAGGAAGAGGAACUUUUCCUUUCCGUACCAAAAGAUGCAAUGAUGACUAUUGAAACUGCAAACAAAUCCUCUCUUGGCUGGCUGAUAGAGAUUGACCCACUGCUACAGAACAUGCCUUACGUAACUUUGGCUUUACACCUUCUCUGUGAAAAAUUCUCUUCCAGUUCCGCAUGGACAUCUUAUAUUAACAUCUUGCCAGGUACAUUUACUGUACCACUGUAUUUUACCCUUGAGGAGUUUCAGAUGUUAAAAGGCGACCCUGCUUAUGAUGAGGCUUUGAAGCAGUAUCGUCAUAUAGCGCGUCAGUACGCGUACUUCUAUAAGCUCUUCCACACCGCGACAGAUGUCAAGGGCAUUCUGUUUCUUAAAGAGAACUUCAGCUAUGAUGCCUACAGGUGGGCAGUGUCGGUGGUGAUGACACGCCAAAACAUGAUCCCGUCUGCUGAUACUUCUGGUCUCAUUGCCGCGCUCAUACCCAUGUGGGACAUGUGUAACCAUAUCAACGGCAAAAUCUCGACUGAUUUUAAUCCGGAGAGAAACUGCAGCGAAUGCUAUGCGCUGCAGCAUUUCAAGAAAGGCGAACAGGUGUUCAUUUUCUACGGAGCAAGAACAAAUACGCUGUUCCUGAUCCACAGUGGCUUUGUGUGCAAGAACAAUCUGUAUGACACUGUACCUGUAAAGCUAGGAAUAAGCAAGAGUGAUCCACUAUUCUAUGAGAAAUGCAUUCUGCUAACAAGACUGGAAAUUUCUGUGUAAGUGCAGAUUUGUGUCUUACUAUAAUUUCUAGAAAUAUCAAAGUGUAGUGGCAUUCAGAAGAGUAACUCUGAUGGAAACAUUAUGUUUGCAAUACAUGCUUCAUGAAAUAGGUGUAAAGGAUCCCAAAUAAUUUCUUUGGUUCUCCCCGGAAAAUGAUUUUCAUAACAAGUUUCCGAAAUAAUAGAACUCACUGAUCGAACUUCUUUAUCGUAGAAAUAGGAGAAUGAGAGAUUUCACAGUCUGAAGUUCAAAACUAAAGAGAACAAAAGAUUUAAAAUCAGUAACUAGUGCAGUAACAAAUUAUUGUGCUAUCUGCUGUACAUUACUGCAGAAUUCCAGUUUUAAACACUAAAAGCACCAUUGCAUUAAGUCCUUUUUAGAUGUUUGGUUAUAUAGAAUAUUCAGCAACCUUCACAAUUAAUAAUUACUUAACAUGGUUUUAUAGCUAAUUUAGGCAUAGAGAAUUUGCCAUGAAC